AUGGCAAGUACUCGAAGUGUCGGAAGCGCCGUCAUCAAGAUGCAACUACGCAGCCGGAAGCGCGACUUUGCUUCGUCCACCACAGUGACCAGCACUAGCAGUGCUUCAAGUACGAAUACUCCGAAAAGACGAGCUGUAAAGUCGAAAGCGACGUCUAUGGGGGCCAAAGCGAUCGGACAGAAGGUCGAAGUUGUAGCUCCCACCAGUUCCAAGUUCCCGGUGCUCUCGGCAUUCAAAGAGCGAGUGGAUCACACCUCGAGCGACUCUAAAGUCUUGUUCAAGUACUCGAAUUUAGUUCCGGCACGACUUAUCCGUCGGUAUAAACGUUUUCUAGCCGAUGUCGUGGUGACUGUGUACUGCCCGAACACGGGACCGAUGAUAGGGCUGCUGAACGGACUACCGAACGCCCGCGUGCAGCUAUCAAAGAGUGACGACCCCAAGCGCAAAUACGCUCGCGUGGACUUCGUGUUGACUACAAAUAACGCCGACGGUACUGUCGCUCACGAGAAAUAUGUCGAGGUCAAGAGCGUCACUCUGGCAUUGGCAGGAUCCGAGGAUACCUCUCGGUGCGCUGUAUUCCCCGAUACAGUGUCCACUCGAGCACAGAAGCACGUCACGGAGCUGACGGAAUUGUUUGGAGCUAUCAUCUUCCUGGUGCAGCGUGACGACUGCAACACGUUUGCGCCAUCAAUCCAACACGACAAGAAGUUUGCUGAACUGUGCGCAGUAGCAGCUACGCGCGGCGUCCAAUUGCUGGGCUAUUCAUGCGCCUUGGAGCCUGAUGAGGCGAAUACUAAUGGAGCUGUGCGACUUGUAGGACCGCUGCCAUUACAGUCGAGGGAUUAA